UGAUUCAGUAUUGCGGACUCAUACGUCAGAGGAGAUGGUCGAAAGACGGGAAAGAUGAGAGAAAGAUAGGAAAUUUGAUUAUUGUUUUACCUUCGGCUGUCUGGUGGAACUAUGUCAUUGGUUUGCAGGUUCCUCUUUUUCUUCUGUUUGAUUGUGUUUAUCCUCGGCGCAUUGGAGCGGGUAGAAGCAGCGGAUCCGAUGGGAGAUUGGUCUUACGAUGAAGCAACUGGGCCAAGCACAUGGCCGAAUCAUUUCCCACAUUGUGGUGGCAAAAAGCAAUCUCCUAUCAAUAUAAACACCGAAGAGGCAAAAUACGAUGGCAGCUUAACAGAUUUGGAUAUAAGAUACCCCAAUACGACAGACGUUUUGCUUGUUAAUCAUCACGGGCACGCUAUUGAAGCAGACAUUCUAUCUAGUGAGCCUUUCGUCGCGACGGGAGCAGAUCUGAGCUCUCGUUAUCGCCUUGCGCAGUUUCAUUUUCAUGUUGGAAGCUCUGAUAUACAGGGCUCUGAGCAUCAUAUACACGGUAUUAAGUACCCUUUAGAGAUGCAUCUAGUUCAUUAUAACGAUAAGUAUCCAAAUGCUUCGUCCGCACAAGGACUCCUCGAUGGUUUGGCCGUGAUCUCUGUUUUGUUUGAGUCCUCUUCUACGGAUAAUCCAGCUUUGAAUGAAAUUAUUGACAACUUGCAAAAUGCGUCUUACAAAGAUGAAGAAAUCACCGUCCAAAAUGUUCCAGUGGGAAAAAUAAUACCGACCGAUACCGAGAAAUUCUACAGAUAUAAUGGGUCGUUGACAACACCACCAUGUUUCGAAACUGUUAAAUGGAUUGUUCUAAAGAAAACUGCUAGUAUCAGCGAAAAACAAUUGAGGCAAUUCCGAAGUGUUUUCUCGACAUCUAGACAAGCUACUAAGCCCAAUUCUUUAGUGGACAAUUUCAGACCAACCCAGAGUCUGAAUGGAAGGAUUAUUAGAAAGAAUUUUGAUGAACCACAUUUCCCUUGUGGCAAAACAAGCAACCUCACUGCUGACUGCCGUCAGUACAUUGAUGGAAAAGCUGUCUUCUAUGAAGUGCAAGUCAACCCUUGUACUCUUCCUGUGUCAGUUACACUUAAAAUCCAUGCACCAGGAUUUGAUUAUCAACAGACAGUAAGCCAAGACAUCAGAACUCCAUUCAAAAUUGGAGCACUUGAUAAAGGAAUGACCAUGGAAAUACAUUAUCAUGCGGAUGGCGAGAUGGCUGGAAAGAUGCAUGUCUCAGUGUUCCAGGUGAACUUGCCAUUUGAUACACACUCAGAUAACAUUGUCAAAGUCAUAGAUGAGUUCUUUCAUGUGGAAGGGCUCUGCAAGCCAGCCAACUGCACCAUUGAUUCCUGGGAUAAACACUGGUGCACAGCUACCAUUGGGUAUGGCAACGACACACUCCACCUUGGCUUCUCCUCUAUACUCUUUGAUCAGUGCAGCACCUCACCCAGCAUGCGUGUCAAGAUCUAUCGGCAGGAGGAGAAGUGGGUUUGGGCUGCCGAGAAGACCUUCAAGAACAACGACAUUGAGACAGUUGGUCUGACAGGGACUAUCCUCAAAGAUAUGGGGGUGAAAAGGAGUGCCCCUAACACUCAGUGGUCGCCUGUCACUCUGGAGUCCUUUAUUACACAUUUUGAAGGCACAACUUACGAGUUCAAGCUUUACCUGGUGACUAAAGACAAUGGUGGGCAGUACAUUAUGAUAAAAGACCGUUACACUUAUCCCCGAAACAUCUGCACAUCAAUGGGCGGUUCGGACUCUGGCCGUAAGAUUGCCAUAGGGGUAUCUGUUGUUCUGGUGGUUGUUAUUAUGAUAUCUGUAGCCAUCUUCAUCAUGUACCGAAAGCGAAAAAUGUUCCUGGGCCACCGUCCAGCCCUUGUGGAAGAGAUGGAUGUUUACGAACACGAUGCAGGGACAUUGUAACAUGUAGCAACCUAUUAAUAUAAUGUAAGUUAUAAUUUUUAUGCCAUUUAGAAUGGCAGAUUUGGACUCGAUUUGGAUUGACCUAAAUUCUUGAAUGGUUAAUAUGGAUUUAUCUGACUCAGGUUCCUGGGAUGGCUGAUUUGAAUUCAUGGAAUAAUGACUAAUCUGGAUUUUUGGCAUGGCUGAUCUGGAUUUCUGAAGCGGUUGCUAUUUUCCAUCUAUUUUCCUGUAAUAGCUUAUUUGGGUUCCUGAAAUUGGCUGAAUUAGAUUAUUGCAGUUAAAAUUCAUUUCUAAAACCGUUCAGUAUUCCUGAAAGGUCCCAUCCAAAAUCCUAAUUAUAUUCUAACUACUAGAAUCUCAAUUUUUUUUGUUAUCCAAAUGUCUGGUUAAUUACUCUAGUUAAUUAGUUGAUAGUUAAUUAGCUGAUUAGUUGAUAGUUAAUUAGCUGAUAAUCAAAAUUCUUAAUAUAACAUGUCUAAAGAUGUAUUUAUUUAGUUAUUGUGGCUAAUAUUUAUAGAAAAGUAGACGGUCUCCAAUACCCUUUGGCAAUACUAUAUUCCCCAAGGGGGGUAAACUGAAAACAUGACAAAGGAUCUGACAGAGCCCAAAGUUUCAAAACUAAAAAAUACCAAAGAUAUUUGAACUUUAACCCUGAAACUUGACUAUACACGAAGUAAACUAUAGUUUUAAUUAGUUUGGUCAAGAGACCAUUAUCAUGUUCUCUUGGUUUAGUAUAUGCAAUGUGACAGUGUUUUUCAUUAACCUGGGAAAGAAAGAGUAAUAGUCAAAGUGUAAUAGUCAGGAUAUCACAAAAGAGGACAUUUGAAUUAGCGCAAUAAGUGAAAUACGAGUGUUAAUAAAGAUCAAUCUACACUUGAUGUUUAGUGUGAUAUCGGGUAUAGCAUAUACUUUGGUAUCUUGCUACCCAAGGUUGUCAAAGUUGUAAUAAAAUGUGCAAGAGUAA